AUGCUCCACUGGCUGGUCGGCCUGACUGAAUCGGGGUAUAUUGGCACGAUUAAGGAGCAUGUUAGGAGCCUUUUGAGGGAGCAUAACAAUGAUGCCUCACAGCCUCAUGAUACCCUCGAGGUCACUGGGCAUCCCACCAGCCUGACCGCUGCCCAUGUCUCCAAUACUCUGACAGAGGCAUGUCUCUACUCGGCGAGCGUUCUCCACAGGAUUAAGCAUAAGGACAAUUCGAAGGCUGUUUCAGUCCCUGAUUUCAGCUCAGAAUAUUCCAAGCUUUGUUACUCCAUCGACCCCGCCCGCCUACUCUGCCAGCUGCGGGACUGCGUCUACGCCUGCUGCCACCAGUUGGCGUUCCUGAAGUCGCAGUGUUAUCGUAAGCAAUCCGAAGGCGGUUGGCAGGAAUGUCAAUAUGGCCGUGAUGUAACCUCCAACUCCCCCCUCCAGGACUUCCUGAUUGACGCCCCCGACUCCAAGUUCAAGACUCACCCCUUCGACCCGUGCAACAUCUGUCUCAAGAGCCACGUCAACAUGGGAUUCAAGCAGGAGGAUUUGCCUGAACCUCAGCAAACAGGCAAGCAUAUUUCCACCAUCCUCAGUCCCACCUGCGGCGGCGAGGAUCCCUUGCUGACAUUGUCCUCCUACCUCACCUGCCUCACCAGGCGGACGCCGCGCACCACCGGGGAGCUUGUCUCCUUCUUCCACAAUUUCGGGAAUGAACUGCACAAGUCUUCUUCACAGUUGUCUCCACUGGGCUCCGCCCUCUCCAAGCCACAUGACCACUGCCCCGACUGGGACUGUCUUGAGGCCGAAGACCUCCGAGCCAUCGAGGACAUCCGGGGCUCCGCCCCUUUCAACUCCAACCACCAAGACCAAGAUCAUCCCAAGACCCUGUCCACGCUGGUUGGUUGUGGCAUCGAUAAUGUCAAAUGCCCACAGCAUAUUUCGCCCAUCACCUACCGGGCCUACGCCCUGUACUCCCCAGGCUUCGUCCACACCUACCUCAGCUGGGCGGUCUACCUGGCCGACAGACUGUGGGAGUCACUGCUUAAGCUGCACUGUGAUCUCGAGAACCUUCAAUGUCACGACUCCAAGCCCAAGGCUCUCCAUCCAUGUGACAAUGCCCUGCCCCUCCUCUACACUCACGGGUUCACGCCGCCGGAAGGGACACUGCAGUCGUCACUCACGUGUUCGAAGUUCAUAGCCAAGCUGGGGGAUGUGGUCGCCGGUAAGCCUAUCGCAAGCCUCAUGACCUGUAUGGACAAUUUCCUUUACAGAGUCCGGGAGCCCUUCAUCUACACUGUGUUCACACUCUGGCUCACCGCCGCGCUCUACAUCCUCAUCGUACUCCUCUACCGCAUGGACGUGCUCCGCAUUCGCUCGCACCUUCUCACCACCAGGGCCUCCCAUAUCAUCGACGUCAAGGCGCUACUCACUCCCAGGCGGAAGAUGCUGUCACUGUACAAGGACGUCGAUUACUUCGACGACGACCCCUUAGAAGUACUGUACGUCAGAUAA